AGCCUCUGACUGUUCAUUAACACAGUCAGGUGGAGGUGGAAACCAGACUCAGUCAACUCCAGGCACACACAUCGCUUUCAGCUGGACCCACCUGGGGAAUCGCUGUCGGCUGUUCAGACAAAAAGUCCUGGUUUUCUGCUCAAGAGAGAUCUGUGCUGGAAGGCAGUAUAUCCAAUUUUGCCUUAAGAAAAAUGUCUCCCACAGGAAAUGCUAUGACGAGCACUACUCGCGGGACCACACAGAGACAGCAGGGCUUUCUGGAGGUGAACAAAAGAAGGACUUUCUUACAGGAUAGCAGCUGGAUAAAGAGCCGCCCUGAGGAAGAAAGAGAUGAAAAUUAUGGUAGGGUGGUGCUCAACCGACAUAACUCCCAGGAUGCCUUGGACAGGAACACGAAUGAGAGAAAUGAGCUAAAAGCCACACUUAGUCGGUACAGAUCUGAUGACACUUUGGACAGGAUCUCAGACAGACACGAUGCUGCUAAGUCGUAUAAGGCCUUGGACAACCAACCAACCAACAGGCACAUGUCCACAUUUAGAUCACCAGAAGCAACAAAAAUGCAGCCCAGAGGUUUUCUGGGUGCGAGCGCCACCAGCACCCCGGCUCCCAGCUCUGCUACAGCGCCGGUGAAGAAGAAGAGGCAGUCCUGGUUUCCUCCGCCCCCUCCGGGGUACAGCCCGGCUCCCAGCACCAGCACCGGAGCGAGCAGAAGGGAACCAGCUGCUCACCCUCCAAUACCCCCAAAGCCCAAGUCUCCUGCUUUAUCUCCUCACCAGCUGAGACGGGAUAAUAGGCAGAUUUGUCCACCUGCAGCAGGUGUGUAUACAGAAACCAACAGGCCUGCUGAAAGGAAGUUAAGGAGUGAGGAUCUCGAGAACAUCGUGAAAGUGGCCACUUCACUUCAGAAAACUGACAAGGGAGAAGAAUUGGAUAAUAUCAUCAAAAUGAACAAAAGCUUGAAUAGAAAUCAAGGUCUGGAUAGUAUCUUCAGAACAACUCCUAAGGCAGAGCACAUAGAGAAAAGAGCCCAAAGCCUUGAAAGUCUCAUCUUUCUGAAUGCCCGGACAAACAAAGAUGGCAGAGGAAACCAAGGCCUUGGAAGUCUUAUUAAUCUUAAUCAGAGGACUGACAAAAAUGAGAAAGGAAAUGAAGACCUUGAUUAUGGUACCAAAAUGGAUUCCAGAGGAAGUGAAAAUACCACUGGAAAACAAGACCGCAGUGGGCGUAUUAAAGUGAAUCCUGAAACAAAUAACAAUAUCAAGAGGGGCCAGAGUCUUGACAAUCUCAACACAGUGACCCCUGAAGUAAACAGAAGUACCUCAGGUUUCAGGGACCUUGAUAACCUCAUCAGAGUGAAUCCAAGAACAGAAAAAAGUGUGCAAGGGGGCCAAGGCCUUGAGAGCCUCAUCAAAGUGGCUCCUGAGACACACAGAACUAACCGAAGCAAUGAACAAGGUCUUGAUGGACUUAUUAAUCCAAGCCCCAAAGCUGUCAGAAACAUGGCUGGAAAUCAAGAUCUUGACAAGCUCAUCAAAGUGAAUCCUGAAACUCUCUCCAAUAACCGCAGAAACCAGGAUCUUGAUAACCUCAUCAAAGUGAAUCCUGCCGUGAUCAGAAGCAAUCAGAGCCAAGACUUGGACAAGCUUAUCAAAGUGAAACCUUCGGCUCUUAGGAACACGGAACGAGAUCGGGACCUGGAAAAUUUAAUUGAAGGAAAUUCUAAUGCGUCUAAAAAUGAGAGUGGAAGGCAAGAGGGCCGAGUCAAUGGACCCACCAGCGCUCUGAACAACCGGUCCGCUGGAACCACAGCCCGUGCUAUUGAAGCCAGGAGGAAUUUCAGCUCCGACGCUGACCCCAGGCCUGCAGGGCCCCAGGAUACGGUGGUGUACACGAGGACGUAUGUGGAGGAUAGUAAAUCGCCAAAGGAUGGCUACGAGGACAAUGCCUCUCGAAAAUACAUACAAACUGUUUAUUCGACUUCAGAUAGGUCUGUCAUCGAAAGAGAUAUGUGCACUUACUGCCGAAAACCCUUGGGCACGAACACUAAGAUGAUUUUAGAUGAAUUACAAAUUUGCUGCCAUUCCACUUGCUUCAAGUGUGAAAUAUGCAAACAGUCUUUGGAAAACCUGAAGGCGGGAGACAGUAUUUGGAUUUAUAGACAGACAAUACACUGUGAACCUUGCUACUCUAAAGUUGUGGCAAAGUGGAUUCAAUAAUUCUGGCACACGGAAAUCAAGAUGAAAGCAUUCAUUAAGGAAUUCAAAUUUUUAUUUUGAGAUUAUGUAAUUUAGAAAACCCUUUUCCACUGAAGAUUGACUUUGGUAUACAAUUAACUAUCCUGCUGGUGCAUAAAUAAUCUAAUUGCCUUCAAUAAGGUCACACACAUAAAGGGAACCAUCUGUCAUCUUGCUGGAUUGAGUCAUCAAAAAUUCAAGGGGUUUCAGUUACUGAUGUCAGAAGAAGGUGCUCCUGAUGGCUGCCGGCUUGGGGCCCCGAGCAGGUCCGCCCCGCUCCCCAUCCGGGCUGUGCACCAUGGUUUCCGUGACAUACACGUUCCUCAUUUCCUCACCUUUGCUUCCCUAAGAAUUUGGCCUUGCAGACGUCAUUGACAUCUUGACAAACUGUCAAGAAAGCAGGAUAUGUCUCCUUCAUGUGCAAAAGAAACAUUGUAGAAAUUUCCUGAUAAGGUUGGGCAGGAAGAUGGGAGCAUAUAAAGUCGUAUGGACCUCAGAAAAUCAUGUGCACUUUCUGGGUCUCUGAGCUUGUAUCUGAAACAGGAAGGGUAUUGAAAAUUGUUCCUGAGGUCUCUUUCUGCUCCCAAAUUAUUCUAAAGCAAGUUUCUGUUCCUUCUUUAGAAGUAUAUCUGAAUAUGGGCUUGUUAAUCAUAUUGAACUGGAGAGGACAUCUGAACAAUAUAAUCUUUGGGUCACCCUUCAUUUUAUUGCAGAUAUAAUUUUUAAAAACAGAAAGACAUUGAUUUGUGGGUAAUGGGCAAAAUUGUAUGAUGUGUAUUCUACAUAUUAUAAUUUGUUAAUUUUUUGCAUGUAUUUCAAAAUCGGGGUAUAUAAAUAAUCUAUGAGAAAAUAAUGGUUAUGGACUACAAUGACAUGUUCUUUAUCAUGUUACAUCUAUUCGUAUUACAUAGCACUUUAUAUUUACAGAUGGCUGAUGAAAAUAAAAUGAACUGCCAGUGACAGAA